AAGAGCUGUAACGUGAGGAGGUGAACAUCAGAGAUAGGCCCCAGACCACACAUUUUUAUGUUUACAGAUGAAAAUAUGGCAGCAGGAAGAGCAAGGUCCUUCCGUCGUGUUGGGAGUCUCAUGCGGAGUAAAUCUGAGGGGACACUGAUUGAUCUGGACGACAACGUCUCAAACAGUCCCAACGUGAAUGGUGGGUAUGGGGCACAGAACUCUGAGUGGCCACUUUUACAACCAGAAGUAGCACGCACAUCUCAGUCGAAAAAUCCGUUUUGGAACAAACUGUCUGGAUCAAAUCCUUUUCUAGAUGACAUUGUACACAGCGGCACGGACAAACACAUUUCCAACACAUCAAAUGUGAAGCCAGACAAUGAAAACGACUUGGACACAAAUAACGAUGAUGCCAUUAGCACAUCUUCAGAUGAAGGCAAUGUGGGAAAUUUUUUGGAAAACAAACACAAAGCCAGCAACAGAUCUGGGAGAUGGAGGAGUGCUUCAGAUAUCCUGGAUGAUCUGGAGAGAAAGGUGCCAAAGCGGGAGAACAGCUUCAAACCACCUGGGCCCGUGCUGAUCCCGGAUUUUGAGUGGCUAAAGAAUGACAGGGAGGCCUACAAGAUGGCCUGGCUGAGCCACAGGCAGCUAACACGCUCAUGUCUGGACUUAAAUCUGAUGAGCCAGAGUCCAGGGUGGGCUCAGACGCAGGCCACUGACUCUCAGGUCAUCUGUAAGAUCGGCCAUGCUGGAGGCUCAGUACAGCUGCCAGAAUCAGAAGUUAGCAUCCAUAUCCCAGAGGGCCAUGUUCCUCCUGGAGAAGUCCAGGAAGUAACGCUGAAAGCAAUGCUUGACCCUCCUCCUGGACUCAAUAACAACUAUGUGACAACCAUGAGUCCGCUUCUCGAGGUGGUCCUCAGCAACAUCAACAUAAAGGAGUGCAUCUCUCUGGAGGUGAAACUAGCUGGAGAGGUGAAGAGCGACCCAGUGAGUCAGGUAAUGACCACAGUGUUUGGGCUGGUGUCCAACAAAAGAGAGGGACCUUAUGUUAAAGUGAAUGAUUGUUACAUUUAUAAGAAUAUGAUGCAGAUGAAGCUGCAGGACCUGAGGACACAUUUUUAUGUGAUUGCAGUCGCAGAGGCCUCUGCAAUCCAGCCUCCCGCUACAUCAGUGUGGGAUUAUCUCGACCGCAAAAUCACAGUAGCAGUUUAUGGCCCCAAGUACAUCCAUCCAUCAUUCAAGGUCGCAGUAGUUGUUUGCUGUCAUGAGGACGUUCCGCCAAAGCUUCCAUUUUCAGUGACAGGAAACAAAAACCUGCCUCCACUUGUGCUGCAGCUUUGGGGCAAACAUGGGUUUAAACCAGACAAACUGCACAACCUGCAUGUCGGGAUUAACCUCGCUGGCUCGAUGUUUAAAAUCAAACCUGAGGACGAACUGAAAGAAGUGAGACAAAGUCAGCUCAAAAUAGGGACAGUUUUGCAACUGCCAGUUGCAAUAUCUUGUGCUAGUAAUACAGAAAUGACUCCUUUUAAAUUGGAUCUACAUGUUAAGGAAGAAAACGCUGCAACCCUUGCACAUUUCCAGGUGCCUUCCCCUCCCGCGGCACCCAUCAGAUUAGAAAAGCGAGUGCACAGGCAGAUAGAAAAGCGGAUUGAAAUGACAAAAAGCUCAACUAUCCCUGAGGAAAGUCUUCCAGAUCUCCCCAAAUUCACAGACAAAACUGUGAGCCUACAGUGGUACGGUGUAGCCCUAAAGUCAGUCCUGCGUCAGCCACGUGUUGACUACCUUCUGGAGUAUUUCAAGGGAGACACGGUGGCUCUCCUGUCCAGAGAGACCGUCAGGUCAGUAGGUAACUCCAAAGUAAAGGAGUGGUACAUCGCAUUCCUCCGAGGCAGGACUGGUUUGGUUCACUGCAAGAACGUCAAGCUCAUAACCAGAGACCAAGUGAUUGACUUCACCGGCAUUCACAUCACCACAGAGGUCCUCUUGGACAACAUGACACUGCCCUUCAAGAAGCUUACUUACAUGUACUCUGCCAUCCAGACGCUGGUCACUGAACACAUAACCAGCUGGAGAGGUUUUGCUGAUGCUUUAGGGUACAGCAAACUGUCACUGGACGCCAUCAUGAGGAGGCACGCUGAAAGCGAGGCCGAUAAAGUGGCCUGCAUACUGGAGAGGCUGAAGGAGGAUUGUCACGCUGAGAAGAGCAGGAAGAAGUUUCUGCAUGAGCUCCUGGUGGGUCUGUUGAAGAUGGACUCUGUGAAUCUCGUGGCCCAGCUGAUUCAGAACACUGUCAUUUUGUCCACGGCUGUGGAGCUGGGAGUGCGAUGGCGGGAGCUCGCUGAGAAGAUGGGAAAACUCUCCAGUGCUCAGAUAGCGGGCUAUGAGGCACCGCACCGAGGGAAGAGCGGAGAAGUCAGUUCACAGUCGAUGUGGAAGCCCGCCUACGACUUCCUGUACUCCUGGAGUCUGCGGUACGGAGACAGCUACAGGGACAUGAUCCAGGAUCUGCACCUGGUCCUGGACAAAAUGAAACACCCUGCCACCAGACAGUGGAGGCAGCUGACUGGUGCCCUCAUCACAGCAAACUGUCUCGACAUCUUUCGAGCCUCUGCGUUCCCAAACUCCUAAACUUUACGCAAGCGCACUCUAGUGACGACACCAACGUCCACGCACUUGACAAACUGAGACAGAGAAGCUUUGUUAGACCACAAUAAGGUUUUGAUAUUGUUUUUGAUGUUACUUUGCUCUUGUUUUUUUGUAUAGUUUCGCCCACUCAUUUUUACGCAAAGCAUUAGAAGCUACUUUAUUGAAGUUCAAUCAGGUACUUGCAUUAAAUGUUUAGAUCUCACUUGGUGAAUGUAAAAUAUGUUUUUACAAUUUUUGAGCUGUGAAGGAAUGUCACUUUAUGUCUCAAAGAGAAGGAAAUGAAGUGAAGUUUGUCACUUCUCUGUGCAAAUGUGAUGAAGCCUUAAAAGGUCCAGUGUGUAGGAUUUAGUGGCAUGUAGUGGUACGGUUGCAGAAAUGAGUGAGAGAACUACGGUGGCCUGCACGAAAAUGCAAAUAGUCCUAUCUAGAGUCAGUGUUUGGUUUGUCUGUUCUGGGCUAUUGUAGAAACAACAUGAUGGACUCCAUGGAAGAGGACCCGCUCUGUGUGUAGAUAUAAACAGCGGAUUUUAAGGUAACAAAAACGCAAAAAUCCUUAGUUUCAGGUGAUUGUACACCAUUGAAAACAUAGCUAUGCAAAUAGAUGCCCCUAAAGCCUACACACUGGACCUUUAAUGUUUAAGUUCCUAUUGGUAGAUCAUUUUCAGUCAAAUGCGUAUGAGGUCAGCAGCUCCCCAGUGACAUCAGCUGUUCUGGGUAUCAAUAAUCUUAACCGGUGUUUCAACACUUGAUUUAUUCCUUUGCCUUGUAAUAGCAUGCUGAUAUUACCUAUUCCAUUUACUGUUUUGUUCACCUGAAGAGCAGGCUAAAUUAUUAUUUAUGCAUCUAAUUUGAUUUCUUCCACUACAUUCCUUAAAUCACUGACUGUAUUAAGUGUUUGGGUUUCUUUUUUUGAAUAAGGAUCCACAUUAUUAGGAUAACCGUCACCUUGGUACCUUUGUGGAGCCUGUCGUAAUAUGUAUUGGAGUUGUUCCAACACCGAUACCAGAAUCAGAAAUACUCUGAUAAUGCCUAAAAUGCUGGAUCGGGUAUCCGCAAGUACACAGAUCUAUGCACUAGUCUGAUACCAUGUAAUUUAUUGAUAAAUAUUAAAGUAAUUUUGCACCUGGAUAAAACAGCAGUUUAAACAGCAGUAGCAUUUGAAAUAGUAGCCUACACAGGAAGUUGCGCUGUGCAGUCAUAUGGCAACUACUGUUUCAGAACAGUGUAAUGUUCGCCAUUAGCAAAGUGUCAAACUAGAUAAUUAAGGUAAGUUCUAUUACAUUCAUUCUCUGCAUGUCUUUUGAACCUGAGCUAUGUCAAACAAUAAUGAUAGCAAUCAUUUCACAUCCAUACAGGGUCAGUAAAAUACAACUGUUAAUUUGUUUUUAACACAAUAGUAUCAGAUUGGUACUUGGUAUCGGUUGAUACGCAAGCUCUGGAAUCAGAAUAGCCAUUGUGAAGAAAGAAAAGUGUAUUGAAUAUCUCUGUUAUGUGUAAUAUCUUUGUAAUCUAAUGUAAGUAGUCUAUAAUAAUGUGAACACUGUUAUUAUUAAUCUGAAGGGUCGCAGUACAUACAUUUUUAUCAGUGUGUGUGCUGAAAUGAGAAUGUUCUACCAAAGUGAGAGUUUCCUGAUGCCAGUAAACAAACCGUAAAGAUGCUACAAUACAAGUGUCAUAAACUGUUGUCUUAAAUAUUAGUGUAUUUGCUAUUUUUUUUUAUACUGAAAUGUCUUAGAUAUGUACAAAGCAGAUCAUUUCAUAAAAGGUAUGCAGUGUAAUGGUUGUGUUUGUUAUGAUGUUUUCAUCGCCAAAUGGAAACUCAUUGUUUAGAGUGGUGCCAUGUACAGUACGCAGUGCCUUCUGCCACUGAAAUGUUACACAAAUGGAGAUGUGUUGCCUGAGAUGUGAAUAAAUAUGAACUGUAAUAAACUAUCUGAUCUGUUCACUAUUAAAUAGGAAGAUUAAAUAACUAAUAACAUUUGACAGACAGCUACUAAACUACUAUAGGCCCACAUGUUUAAAACGUUACUUAGCAACUGUGACAUUGCAUUUAUUAUUUUCCAGUUUAGCUGUGUUAAAUCACACCAUAGAAGCAAAUGACUUUUCCCUGAAGUGUUUUCCACUGAUUUUCUCUGACUGUUUGUUUUUCCCGACACUGUUUGUUUAAGCUAGUUUCAGCUGAGAGCAUUGUGUGCAGGUUCUCUAUCAAACAAGAGAGCACAGAACACUGCACUGACUUUACUUUGGCUCACUGAAUGCACCUCGGGAAAAGUAAAUCAAAUAAGGAAAACGGUAUCAGGCAACAGAGGGAACUGAUUUAAUCUCCAGGCUGAGAGUGAUUGUAAGAUUGUAUUUUAUUUGUAAGGGCUGAUGAUAA